AUGAAAUUGUUACCGCAUUCUGAGAUGGGGAUGGUGCUGGAGCCGUAUCCUGGGAAUCUGUCAAAACUGGAGGAGAUGGAGGGCUUGGGGGAGUUGGUGCUGGAGCUGGGGCAUGGAGCCGGUGCUGGUGGCAAACUUAUUGGUGUAGGCGCUUGUGCAGGUGGCGGUGAAGCUGGCGCGGGUGGUGGAGAAGUAGGUGCAGGUGGUGGUGAAGCUGGUGCGGGUGGGGGAGAAGUCGGUGCUGGAGGUGGUGAUACAGGUGGCGGUGAGACGGAUGGAGCUGAAACAGGCGGGCUUUGUGGUGGUUGUGGAGGCGGAGUUGCAGGACUGCUUACUGGUGCAACUUUUGGAGCCGGUGAUGAAGUUGGCGUAACUGCUGGUGGAGGUGUAGCCGGAGAUACUGGCGGCGGAGUAGUUGCAACGGGUGGAACAGUGGUGGUUGGAGGAACAGCUGUGGUUGGAGGAGGAGCAGUGGUUGGAGGAGGAGCAGUGGUGGUUGGGGGAGGAGCAAUUGUGGUUGGGGGAGGAGCAGUGGUGGUUGGAGGUGGAGCAGUGGUAGUAGAGGUCGCCGGUGAAGCGGCAGGUCCUUGGGCAUUGACACUAAAGGGAGAGAUGAGAGCAGAAGCUAAUAGAAGAGACCAAAUGAUUGAAUUUGAAUCCAUUGUGUAG